AUAAUUAAUAUUCUUUUUUCAAAUGCCAAUUUUUUCUCCAAUUUGACCCGCGUUUUCUCAUUCAAGACUUCUCUUCUCUCUCUCCCUCUCUCUCUUCACCAUGCUCUGUUCCUCCUCCACCACCACCUCCCACCACCGCUGACGGCGGCGCCUCCACCUCCCCCACACCAUGGGAAACUGCAACGUCUGUAUCCGAGCCCCCGAAGCCGACCCCCCAACCCCCAGACCCUCCACCCCCAAAGGCAACAAAAAAGCGCGCGAGCGGCACCCGAAUCCCUACGCCCAAUCCCCGUCGCCGAUCCGCGUGCUGAAGGACUUCAUCCCGCGCACCAGGAUCUCCGACAAGUACAUCCUUGGCCGCGAGCUUGGCCGUGGCGAGUUCGGCGUGACCUACCUCUGCACGGACCGCGAGACGCGCGAGGCCCUCGCCUGCAAGUCCAUCUCGAAGAAGAAGCUGCGCACCGCCGUGGAUGUGGAGGACGUCCGCCGCGAGGUCGCCAUCAUGUCCAGCCUGCCGGACCACCUCAACGUGGUGAAGCUGCGCGCCACAUACGAGGACAGCGAGGCAGUGCACCUGGUCAUGGAGCUGUGCGAGGGCGGCGAGCUGUUCGACCGGAUAGUGGCACGCGGCCACUACAGCGAGCGCGCGGCGGCCGGCGUCGCCAGGACGGUAGCCGAGGUAGUCAGGAUGUGCCACCAGCAUGGGGUUAUGCAUCGCGAUUUGAAGCCGGAGAACUUCCUCUUCGCCAAUAAAAAGGAGAAUUCCGCUCUCAAGGCCAUUGAUUUUGGCUUGUCGGUGUUUUUCAAGCCUGGUGAGAAGUUCUCUGAGAUCGUGGGGAGUCCAUACUACAUGGCACCGGAGGUGCUGAAGAGAAAUUAUGGGCCAGAAGUUGAUAUCUGGAGUGCUGGUGUGAUUCUCUACAUUUUGUUAUGUGGAGUUCCUCCUUUCUGGGCAGAAACUGAGCAAGGUGUUGCACUGGCAAUCUUGAGAGGAGUGAUUGAUUUCAAGAGGGAACCAUGGCCUCAGGUUUCGGAAAGUGCAAAGAAUCUUGUUAGGCAGAUGUUGGAGCCCGACCCAAAGAAGCGUCUGACAGCCCAGCAAGUUCUUGAUCACCCAUGGAUACAGAACGCAAAGAAAGCUUCGAAUGUUCCACUUGGAGAUGUAGUAAGGGCAAGACUCAAGCAAUUCUCUGUCAUGAAUAGAUUCAAGAAGAGAGCAUUGCGGGUGAUAGCAGAACAUUUAUCCGUUGAAGAGAUAGAAGUAAUCAGAGACAUGUUCGCUUUGAUGGAUACCGACAACGAUGGGAAGGUUACGUUUGAUGAACUAAAAACUGGUUUAAGGAAAGUUGGUUCUCAGCUGGCUGAGCCUGAGAUGAAGUUGCUGAUGGAUGUGGCUGAUGUGGACGGAAACGGAGUAUUGGACUAUGGAGAGUUCGUUGCAGUUACCAUCCACUUACAGAGGAUGGAGAACGACGAGCACUUCCGCAGAGCGUUUAUGUUCUUUGACAAAGACGGGAGUGGUUACAUAGAACUAGACGAACUACGAGAAGCUUUAGCCGAUGAAUCAGGAGAGACCGAUGUCGAUGUGCUCAACGACAUCAUGCGGGAAGUCGACACUGACAAGGACGGCCAGAUUAGCUACGACGAGUUUGUUGCAAUGAUGAAGACCGGAACGGACUGGAGAAAGGCGUCGCGACAAUAUUCAAGAGAAAGGUUCAAGAGCUUAAGCCUUAACCUAAUGAAAGAUGGCUCUAUGCUGCUCCAGGAUGGGUUCACUGGUCAAACUGUUGUAGUUUAAAAAACUUUGAUGAAUAUUGUCGCGACGCCCUCUUGCUUGACUCGUGCUCGACUCAAUAUCUGGCAUCGCUUGAAAACACGAAGCUUCUCAAGUCAAGGAGUUUCAGGUAUUGCACGAUUCACGGUUCAUAAUUCAUCGGAGGAGGUGAUGCAUCGUAGUUUCUUUGUGUUGGGUAGGGUAAAUCGAUAUAGAUGUGUUCGUGUUUUCGUGUUGCAUAUUGUAUAUUUUUGUGAUGUCUGUAUUUUUAUUUUUGUUUGUUCCAUAUGUAGUGUGCCUUUUGUUAACACCAUAGUUGAUUUUUUGUUGAUUGGAAAUGUUAUCUCUGGUGAGAUUCAUGAUUUUUUUUCCCCCAA